CAGACAGGACGGGGAUCGGGGAGAUAGUCGGAGCGGGACUUGUACCGGGGGUUUCGGGGAGAUGCUGUCCCCACCGAGGAGAUGGAUCAGAGAGCAGCCUCUGAGCUCUGUAACCUCGUGUGUAAGGAGAGGGCUGUGCAGCAGGCGUCAGUCUCUGUGGAUACUUCUCAUCCUGCUCGUGGUCUGUAUCGCCAUUCAGACCUUUGUCGCCCGUCAGGCCAGGACUUCUUCCAGGAGAGACAAGCUGACGGGACUACCACAUCUGAGAUUCACUGUCAACAAACAGCACCUGUUUCCUACUCUGCAAAAUGUGUACGAAGGCCUUCAUCAUCAGUCUUCACUGGCAGGAAAGCAGAAUGUGAGGUCACUGCAGACAGAAAGACCUUCAGAUCUUCAUCAUCAGAAUGACGGACAUGGAAAGUCAUCAGAUGUUGUUCUGUUAAGACAUGUGGAUAAAACUGUGGACCUUGCUACUGGAUCUCAGAGGGAUGCAAGAAAAGUUUCACCUGGAAAGCUGCUUCUACCAAAACAUGGAAACGACCCAGGCCUUAGACUCCCAAGUUCCUUGGUCCUCCACAGCACAAAGGAACAUUUGACUGCAGGCACAGACAAAAGGCUCAUCAACACUCCGAUUCCAUCCACUUUUUUAAAGGCUCACAUCAACAGUGUCCAUACUAAAGCAACCUGUCAACCAAAGUCUCGCAUUGUUUUCCUCAAGACACAUAAAACAGCCAGCAGCACCAUCUUAAACAUCCUGUAUCGCUAUGGUGAAAGCAGGAACUUGACCUUUGCCCUCCCCAUGAACAAGCACAGUCAGUUGUUUUACCCAUUCUUCUUUGCAUCACAUUUUGUGGAAGGCAUCAGCAGCGGAAGUGUGAGGGAAUUCCACGUCAUGUGCAACCACAUGAGGUUUAGAAAAUCUGAGGUGGCAAAAGUGAUGCCUGAGGAUACCUUCUACUUUUCCAUACUGAGGCAUCCUGUGGUCAUGAUGGAGUCCAUCUUUACUUACUACAAGAGCAUCCCAGCGUUCCGCAAGACUCACAGCUUGGAUGACUUUCUAGACAACAGCUGGACAAACUACAACUCAUCAGCAACCAACAAUCACUAUGCUCACAAUAUCCUGGCCUUUGACUUUGGCUUUAAUAACAACAUUGCAGCUGAUUCUGAGAAUCUAGAGGAGGUAGCCAGCAUGGCUAUUGCAGCCAUUGAACGAGACUUCCACCUUAUUCUUAUUUCUGAAUACUUUGAUGUGUCCAUGAUCUUGCUCAAACAUGCCCUUUGCUGGUCCCUGGAAGAUGUGGUUUCCUUCAAGCUUAACAGUCGCAGUGAAAAAACUCGUCACCCACUUUCACCAAACACUGCGGAGAAAAUCAAGAGGUGGAAUGCUCUGGACUGGAGGAUCUACCUGCACUUUAACACCACCUUCUGGCACAAAGUGGAUAGUCUGGUUGGUCAAGAGCAGAUGAAGAUGGAAGUAGCUCAUUUGAGAGAGCUACAAGACAAGCUAGCAAACACCUGCUUGAAAGGUGGCAGGGCAGUCGACCCGUCCCAGAUAAAAGAUGCUGGGCUGAAGCCGUUCCAGUAUGGAGCAGCUGUCAUUCAGGGCUAUAACCUAAACCCACACAUAGACAGACAAACCAAAACAAAAUGUGAAAGACUCAUAACUCCAGAACUGCAGUACACAGACCGUCUGUACACCCAGCAGUUCCCUGAGCUCGCUGCUAAGCUUAAACAAGCAACAAGGAUGGUUUCUCCACAACGUCAACGCUCAGACAGGACUGGAAUGAUGGGAAUGGUGUGGGCUAGAGAAGCCCAUCACAGACAGUUCGUAAGACGCAAAUUCUCAAAUCUCAAGAACCAAAAGGCCUCCACAAGUCCCGUGUUAACACACACAGAAGCUAACAGCAAAACAAGAAUGCCAUGAGUGAUAACUGUAAGAGUCAUGGGAUGAUGUUCUAUGUUCAUACUGUCAAGUAUGAAAGAAGCUGUUCUGUCUAAUUCUCACUUUCUAUAAAGUAUAAAAUGAAAACUAAAGCAGCUUAUGAUCUCCUAGUGAUGGCAAUGACCAUUGCUAGCCACAAAGAGAAAUUGUUCUGACAGAAUGAACAAAGUAUUAUUUUGCUGUUUUUAUAGCCUUACCAGUAGUGAAUCUAAAAAUGUGAAGGAGGAGCUAGAGGAAAGGGUUUGUUCUGUAAACAAGUGUUUUGGAAAUCAACCAAUGGUAGCUCCUCCUGGAAAACAUGGCCUCACAGUGUCAUGUCAUUAUCCGCCACUUAUCUGGGUCCAGGCGCAGAUGACCACAGAUGGUGAGCCCAUGGGAGGUGGUGCUGUCCAGAGUGGGGCUCAAACCCACAACCCCAAGAGAUUGGGUCUCGUGCUCUACCAACAGAGCUAACCGGGUGGUGGCCUCACAGUGUCACCAAUCAAAAGUCUAUCUAUCUGUCGCCAAAAGAACAUGGUUCAUUCUGUUUGAUCAGGAAUAUCUGAAGCAAAUUUUCAGCAUUUCUGAUCUGUUAGUGCCUUCCAAAAGAUGUAUGACCUUUACAAAAAUGAUUCAUAUUUCUGAUCUGCUGCCUCUACGGUUAUAAGAAACCAAAGUUUACUGCUGCAGUACUUGGUAUUCCCAACCAAUAAUAUUUUCCGGCACUGUAACAGUGUCACGUUACUUCCACCACUGCUUUUCAGAGACAACAGUCUUUAUUCACUUGACCAUUAGAGCUUCCUCAACAAUAAGACAAACAAAAGUUGUUUUAAGUUUUUGACCUAAAAACUGCUGUUGUUUUAGUGAGGACAUUGUCCUAUCACCAUGCCCACCUUUACAGAAACCUGACCACUGGUUUUCAGUGAACCUUGUCAUGUGCUGAAGUGUUUGUCAAGGGGAAAGCACUGUCAUUUCAUACCGAACACCAGGUUGCUGGUUUAUUAGGUACACUCAGCUACGUCCCAACAGCAAGAAUUCAACUCUCAUGGUUAAGGCAAUGGUAAGGUUGUGUUAAACUGUACUGCAUUGUAUGGAAGGGUCUUUCAGUUUAAGGUUUGGGUCUCCGUAGAGGCAUAGUGGUCCCAAACCUUUCAAUCUCACUGUUCUGACAAGCUACACAUUGUCACUGAGAUUGUGUCUGUGUAUGGAUUAAACAGAUGAGGUACAACAUGUUCAUUAGUGCGCUUUAGAGGUGUUGGUGUCUGUGUUUUGAACAGAACCAAGCUAACUUAUUCCCCCUGUUUCCACUCUUUAAGCUAUGCUAUGCUAACAACAUCCUGAUUCCAGUUCUGCAUUCAGCACACAUGACUGAUAUCUGUCUUUACUGAACUCUUGGCCAGAAAACAAACCAACAUUCUUCCCAAAAUGUUAAUCCAGUCUUUUAGUAGUUUUUUGAAUAUGAACAGGUCCAAAAGGUUAUGAAAUUCUAAUCUGUUAGAAUAAUUAUUUUCCAUGUAAUCUGCAUCUUUCUGUCUGUGAAUUCUGAUUUAUUAAUACUGACAAAAGAUUCAUGUUUGUUUCUGAUACCUUAUAGGAAGGCUCAGACUCUGUCUCCAUGGAUCUGUUCAGUGAUUUGUCUCUGUCAUUCCCUAAAUGAAGCUUUAAUCAUAUUUGUCAGGAGCAGAGUGACGGGGAACACACUGUAAAGAGAUUGUAUUGAAGCUUGUCACUUUAUUUGGGGUGACUUCAAAGAAACAUCUUUGCUUAGGCGUUCAAAAACAGAUCUCCUGCUUUUGAUGUUCUAUUUUUCAUAUGAGGUUAGUGGUAGGAACAGGAACAGGAAUCACAUAGCAGGAGAAGAAACUUACUUUCUUUCAUUAGACGGGUGAUAUACAAUGUUUUCAUGCUUAAAAUACCAAGUGAUAAGGAUUUCACUCAGUUAAAUGUCUGUUUUCACAGUCUUACUUGACUUUAAUGAAUUAAAAUCAAGUUAAGUUUGACCAAAACAACACAUCUGAAGAUGUUUAAGAAAGGACAUUCUUUGAUUUAUGAUGAUCUGGAUGACUUCUGAAAAAACAGUUGUUAUAAUGAUAAAUAUUGUAAUAAUGAGCACAGAUUUGAGUUGCUGUGAUCUGAGUGUUUUUUUCAGGUCCUGAUGGUAGGCCAAAGUCCACAUUUCAAGACCUGCAACCUUCUGCAGAAGAUGAACCUAAGCUUGAGUGUAAAGGACAGGACAGAUGUUGCGGACUAGUGGUGGAAAGUAAGAAACCUACAAUAGAUGGUUUUAUUAACAAAGAAAACUGUAACAUGUAAACCAGCUAAUGUGAUACUUGUUUCUAAGAUGAUGUCUCCACCACACAUGGGACAUGGACAUGAAUAGUAACAAAAUCAACCUAUGUUAGCUUAAAAGAUUCUGCAUCAGUCGACAGAGAAACAGUUAAACAACUCUGCAAUACGCAACCAAGUGGUGUCAGCGGCAUUUCCCAUCUCAAGUGAGUAAAGUCUCCCCCAGGCACUUGUCUGUUCCAGACAUUGGUAAUUGUACAGCCCAACAUGUGCAACAGUGCAUAUUAGUGUCAUAAAUAAAAAGGGAACUAGUCUGUCAUGGACAAUGUGAUAGCAGUGUAUCCUAAAUUCCAAGAAGCCUUUCCUCCCACUCUCUUCAUCAUUCACUUCUCUUUCUUUCAUUUCAUUUAUUCCUUAACAAGGAAUGACUUAGACCUCAGGUAAGUUGUGAUUUAAAGCUCUACAUGUAUCUUAACAUUGCACUGGAAAAACACAACGCAACCUGUUUUACUGAGUUAUAACAGAACUGCCACAAUACAUUCAAAAUACGCAGCGAUCCAACCUAUGCAAAGCUGGUGCAGCAGGCUGCAGUUCUCAGCAUCAUUCAGCUCUUAUCAACUUAUUACAUAGGAAAAUGAUCAUGUGACCUCAUGUAGCAGGUGGACAUCAGUCACAGGUAAAGACGUGAUGAAAGGGACCAAUUUACAGCAGCUUCAAAAAGUCUUCAGAUGUCUUUGCUUUUUGCACACUUUAUUAUUUUGUAAAUUUUGUUUUAAAUGGAGAAAAAAAAUGUAAUUUUGCUCCUCAGUCUCCACUCAGUGACCCACAAUGAUAAAAGGAAAACAGAUUUUUAGACAUUUUUACAAUUUUUUUUAAACUUUUUUUUUUUUUUUUUUUAAACUGAAAUCACUAAAUUCUCAAAUAUUCAGACCUUAUCCAGUUCUCUUUAGAUCCCUCUCUGGCAGCAGUUACAGCUUCCAGUCUUCCAGACUCUAUGAGCUUCGCUCAGCUGGAUUUGUGCAGUUUGUUCCAGUCUUCGUGUCCAAUCCUCUCAGGAUCUGUCAGAUUUGAUGGAAAGUGUCUGUGAACUUCCAUCUUCAGGUCUCUCCACAGAUGUUCCAGGGGUUUAAGUCUGGACUUAGGCUGAGCCACUCAGACACUCAGGUCUUGUGUUGUGGUCCCUGUGAUCAGGUUUUCUCCUGAGUCCUUUAAAUGUUGUUUGACAAAAUCCAAACAGACUGUCAUAUGACACGUACUCAAACUGGCUUCCGUCUGUCCACUCUACCAUAAAGGCCUGACUGAUGGAGAGAUGCUGAAACGGUUGUCUCUCCAGCAGGUUCUCAAUCUCUGCAGAGGACCUCUGCACAGAUGUGUGCUCUGUGUGCUUUUCUAAACUAUGUCCAAUUGAUCCAGUUUGCCACAGGUGCAGCAGAUCACAGUCUGUUUUUUAAUUUUAAUACAUUUGCUAAAGAAAUUCUAAAAACACAUUUUCACUUCGUUAUUAUGGAUUACUGAGUGUAGACUGAUCAGCUCAAUCAAAAUUACAUCAUUAUCCAUUUACAAUGAAAUGUACAACACAAUGAAGCAUGCAAAAAGUGAAGAGGUCUGAAUACAGUCUGAAGCCACUGUUUGUAAAAAAAAAUGUCAUUCACGCUUAAACUCCACUGAUUGACCUUUAAGCAUCCUCUUUAAUAAAACCUGGCAGACUACCUUACCAGUUGUCAAAAGGCUGAAGUUAAAGUCAGGAGUCUGAACUCUGGCAGUAGGAAAUAUGUCCACAUUCACCACAUUAUUUUUUAGAGCGCAACUUGCAGGUGGUAAACCCACAAAUGUUGAUUAAAGUGCACCAGGAGCACUGGAAUCCACCAUUAGCUUGGUCUCUGUGAGACCAGGUGCACAACCUGGUGAUUUACAGAUGAAUCCUGUGUCUAGAUGAGGAUCAGCCUCCAGUCCUUUGAAGGACACAGUGUCAUAGGCUGAGUCCUGCUAAGAUGGCACAGCCUCACGUGGGACAGCACUCCACAUACUGAACUGAUUCCUUAAGAGUGAACGUUGUUUUUGUGGUCUGUUCAUUGGUGGUCUACAUUUCAUUUCACUUUUGUUUCUACCUGUGCAGAAUAAAUAACUGAACCA